AUGGUUGGCAUGGAAUGGAUGCGAAAUGGACUGGGAUGGAGAUGGUAUGGCAUGGAUGGAUUAGAUUGGAUGGAUUGGAUGGGGAUGGCAUGGAUGGCAGGAUGGAUGGUGGGAUGGGGAUGGAUGGAUGGGACGAUGGCAUGGGAUCCGCGAUGCGAUGGAUGGAUGGGCGGUGGAUGGAAUGGGGGACUGGACUGGAUGGAUUGGCGAUGGGAUGGGAUGGAUGGAAUGGAUGGGAUGGCAAUGGGACUGGCAUGGCAUGGAUGGAUUGGAUGGGGAUGGGAUGGAUGGUGGGAUGGAUGGGACUGGGAUGGAUGGAUGGGAUGGGGGGAUGGAUGGGAUGGGAUUGGAUGCGAUAGAUGGAUGGAUGGGAUGGAUGGAUUGGAAUGGGAGGAUGGAAUGGAUGGCAGGAUGGAUGACUGGUGGAUAGGAUGGGAUGGAUGGACUGGAUGGGUGGCAUGGGUGGAUGGAGGGAAUGCGAUGAUUGGGCAUCGUGGAUGGAUGGCAUUGGGGAAU